GAGGGGGGCUUGCGGGGGGUCCAAGGCUGAACAAACCAGCACGGGACCCAGCUAGGAGCCCGAUCCAAGAAUGUCAACGGGGUUACUCCGUCAAUGCAGUCACUGGUAGGAAUGUCUGGCUUUUUGUUUCCAGUCUGUUGGCUCAGUGCUUCACAUCUGCGCGCCGGUGCCUUGGAGACAGCCUUGUUACGCUGUACCGAGCUCAGCGAUUUCCCCGGACCCUGUGUAACGCGCUCAGUUGAACCAACACAAAUCAGAGAGCGAUUCACCGAGAGCGAGUGCACAUCGUAUUCCCCGUCUCCCCAGAAUGGAUCGAACAUCGUAGCAGACGCCAAGACACAGUGAGACCUUCGCAGUUGAGUUUUUCUUCCUUAUCUGUGGACUUUUGCGGGGUUGAGGAGAACGUCCGGUCACUCUGUGGAGAUUACUUUAGUGUCUAUUUCUCGUCUUCACGUCAGCUCGGUUGAAACCUGCCUCUUCACGAUGGCAGGAGCGGGGAGGUAUCCUCGCGUUCUGCUGUUGCAAUGUUUUAUCUCGACCGCGCUCUGCAACACGUUCACCGCGUUCACCGAGGAGCCGAUGGACAGAGCUGGCAAGUCGGACGGGUACUGCAGCAGGAUAAUACGGGCUCAGGGUACUCGGAAAGAAGGCUAUAACGAGUUCAGACUCCGCGUGGAAGGGGAUCCGGAGACCUAUCAGCCCGGUAGCACCUACAGAGUGACUCUGUACGCCAGCAGUCCCUCCUACUUCCGAGGGUUCACCCUGAUCUCUGUGAAGGAGGGCCGGGAGGGAGACCAAGACGAGGACUAUGCUGGGAACUUCCAGGUAAAGAGACAACACCUUCAUCACACCUUAGCAAACAUCAAACAUCAAAUGUCAACAUGGAAAUGCAGGCGGGGAG